GCUCUCACACAGCCGCAAUACGAGCGCAUCUGAUAGAGUGUGCGAGUGUGUGUGUGCGAGUGCGAGUGUGUGUGUGCGAGUGUGUGUGUGUAUCACACAGCCAAAUCCCAGCGAUCACCCAAAGCGCACGACUACCGCAUUUCGCCGAGAGGAUAGCCGGAACCAGCCACGUUGACAUUGUGAAGCGAGGGAUCGGACAUUUGGUUCUUUCAAAGAUCCUAAGAGCUGGACUGCUGUGGGUUAUUCCGUGGGGAUUCCUUUUUUUAACGAUCGGAGAAUAUUCUUUUUUUUUUUUUUGUUCAAACUUCAAUCAUCAGUGACAGCACCCAAGGCGGAGCGCGCUGUGCCACGGGGAAGCAUGGAAUAGACAAGAAGUUAAAGGUGAAGAAAAUCUGGGCUUCCUUGUGCAUCGAGAAACGCAGCAGACAGCAGAUCGGGUGGUUCGGAAAAUCUUCUAGCGAGACUCGAGUGGACAGGAAAACCACAAGAUGUCCAUUCCGAACGUAUUGGCCAAGGCUCUAUAUGACAAUGUGGCAGAGUCUCCAGAUGAGCUGUCCUUUCGGAAGGGUGACAUUAUGACAGUGCUGGAGCGGGACACCCAAGGCCUGGAUGGCUGGUGGCUUUGCUCACUGCAUGGGCGCCAGGGCAUUGUACCAGGCAACCGCCUCAAGAUCCUGGUGGGCAUGUAUGACAAGCAGCAGCAACAGUUUUCCAGCUCUCCAUUAUGCUCAUCUCAGAGCCACCUCAGCAUUCCACCUAGUGCCUAUACCAAACCUUCCCCUGCCGCGCAGUACACGGCAAUGCACCCGGCCUGUAUUAGCCCUCCCAGCCUAUACCAAGUACCCACUGGGCCUCAGACUCCACAAACCCAGCCUAAAGCUCCACCCCUCACACAGAAACAAGGUGCUGGCAAAUAUCACUUGGCGAGCCAGGAGAUCUAUCAGGUGCCACCCUCGAUGGCCACACCAGGACAGGAGAUCUACCAGGUACCACCUACAAGUGGAGGACAGGAUGUAUAUCAGGUGCCCCCCUCUUUGAACCUGAAACAAGAGGUCUACCAGAUUCCCCCUUCCAUGGAAAUGAGAGGCUGGGACACUCCCAAAACAUUGGGGAAGGUGGUGGUGCCCACAAGGGUCGGCCAAAUGUAUGUGUAUGACAAGGGGAACACAGAACAGGAUGAGUAUGACGUACCCCGACACCUGCCUACCUGCCAGGACAUCUAUGACGUUCCACCUACUCGUGGCCAAUACAACCAGCAGGUAUAUGACACUCCUCCCAUGGUUAUGAAAGGACCAACCAGCAGAGAUGUGCAGGGAAUCUAUGACACACCUCCAAGUGUGGAAAAGAACCAGCUACUAGCCCAGCAAAUGGUGUAUGACAUUCCUCCAUCUGUGAGUAAGGACGUUCCAGAUGCACUCAUCAAGGAGGAGACGUAUGACGUCCCACCUCAUUUUGCCAAAAUGAUAAGUCCAAGCCCAAAUGCAGCCAAUCCUGAACCACUGAUACCUGAAGAUGUGUAUGAUGUGCCACCCCCUCAACUAGCUGGCAAACCACAUGGUGAGGCACAGGAGAUCUAUGACAUCCCCAGCAGCUUGCACCAGGGUGAUGUCUAUGAUUUCCCACGGGAGCGCCCACCAGUUGCUGAAGAAUCAGGUGACUAUGUCUACGAUGUACCACCACAGGUCGUACGUGAUGCAGCGGGUGCUACCACAGAGGAACUGACAGUAAGCUUCAAGCGCCUGUCUGCUUCAAGCACAGGCAGCACACGCAGUAACUUGUCCACUUCAUCCCUGGACACGGUCCCGGUGCGGGACAGCGCAGUGCCAAACCGCCUGCUGUCCCUAGACCUUGAGCAGGCAAUGGAGCGGCUGUCACGCUUGCAGCAGGCCGUGGAUAGCUCAGCUUCAAUGCUUAUGUCCUUUGUCACUGGUGACUGGAGGAGCUCUUCUCAAAUGGAUGCCAAUCUGCCCUCCAUCCGACGGGCAUCUGAAAGCUUACGAACAUCAGUCAGGGAUCUCCUGGAGUUUUCUCGUGGAGCUGUCGCCAAUGCUGCCCAAGCCACUGACCGUACGCUGCAAGCCAAGCUCAGCAAGCAGGUGCAGAAGAUGGAUGAGGCCUUCCAAGGUCUGGUCAAGCACAGUCAGGCGCUGGAAGCCCUGGGUUGGGCUCCUGCUGCUCUCCCAGCACCAGCUGCCAACAGUGGUGGGGAUGACCUGGACCGGCUGGUAAUGUGUGCCCGCGCUGUGCCUGAUGAUACCAAGCAGCUAGCAUCCUUCUUACAUGGCAAUGCAACGUUGCUCUUUAGACGGACAAACAGGCAGCAGCAGCAGACCUCAGACAUGUUGGGCCAGCUGAGCAGCAACAGCUCUAAUGUCUCAGCCUAUCAGACAGGCACACCCGACAGGACCAACAUCCAAUCACGUCCCCUGCCAUCGCCACCCAAAUUCUCAGCUGAAGAGGAGCCUCCUGAGCGGCCUUACGAAACCACAGAGGAGGGCUGGAUGGAGGACUACGACUAUGUACAUUUACAGGGUAAGGAAGAGUUUGAGAAGAACCAGCGACAGCUGCUGGAGAAAGGCAACAUCACCAGACACAAUAAGACCCAGCUGGAGCAGCAGCAGCUCAAGCAGUUUGAGAGGCUGGAACAGGAAGUCAGCCGGCCAAUCAACAAUGACAUCACAGGUUGGACCCCACCACAACAUUACCCUCCAUCAUCACGCAGUAAGCUGUGUGCAGGUGACCGGCAGCUGCUGCUUUUCUACUCAGAGCAGUGCGAGGCUAACAUCACUACGCUGACCAAUGCCAUCGAUGCAUUUUACUCAUCCAUCAACAACAACCAGCCGCCCAAGAUCUUUGUCGCCCACAGCAAGUUUGUCAUCCUCAGUGCCCAUAAGCUGGUUUUCAUUGGAGACACAGUGUCACGCCAGGCCAAGUCCCCUGAGGUGCGAAGCAGGGUGGCACAGCACAGCAACGCCCUCUGCGAAAAGCUGAAAGACAUUGUAGUUAGCACCAAGACUGCAGCGCUACAGUACCCAUCUCCAGGGGCAGCACGGGACAUGACAGAGAGGGUUCGCGAGCUGUCUGGUUGUACUCAGCAAUUCCGCAUGGCUCUCAAUCACCUACUUUCCAUGUAAAAAAAAAAACAUGGGAGUGUAUAGAAACACUGAGACCACACAUGCAUGGAGUCCCACUGCAAAUUAUUUGUUUUAUGUCCAUGCGUUGUGCUUCGUAUUUCCAAAAAAAGACUAUAAACACUAUCAUUGAAUAGUGCUAUGAGUUGUAAAUGAAUUUAUGUAAAUAUAUAAGUUUCUGUAAGAAGAUGGGGACAUAGUGGGGCAAGAAGAAAGGAUGAACUGUAUCUUUUUUGAACAACAGAUGAGUAAAAAACAAACAACUGAAA